CCGCGGACGCCCCCUGCCCUCCCCCUCCCCGGCGCGCGCGGAGCUGGUUUUCCGGGUUCCCGUGGACCGAGCUGGAUCCUGCUUCUGCGCCAAGGCAGGAAGUGAGUUUCGCACGGUAAUUCCGGGCGGUGUCACGAGUGAAAAGUUUUUUUUUCCGCGGAGAUCCUAGUUGGGGCUGGGAAACUCCUGUAUAACUUGAGACCAGGAAACCAGCCCGCUUCCCAGCCCCCUCCAAAGCCACCUACUCGUCCUACUGCGGGAGGCCACCCCACAUCCGCUCUCACCGGAGAGAGAAAUUCGGCUGGAUCCAAACUGACUAAUGAAGGGAAGGAAGUCAUGUCAGGCGAAGCCUUGAAAAAGCUGCCCUGAGACACUGCCCGACCGAAAGUGUCUAAAAAUGACUACAAAACGAAGUUUGUUUGUGCGGUUGGUACCAUGUCGUUGUCUACGAGGGGAAGAAGAGACUGUCACUACUCUUGAUUAUUCUCAUUGCAGUUUGGAACAGGUUCCCAAAGAGAUUUUUACUUUUGAGAAAACUUUGGAGGAGCUCUAUUUAGAUGCUAAUCAGAUUGAAGAGCUUCCAAAGCAACUUUUUAACUGUCAGUCUCUACACAAACUGAGUUUGCCAGACAAUGAUUUAACAACAUUACCAGCAUCUAUUGCAAAUCUCAUUAAUCUCAGGGAACUGGAUGUCAGCAAGAAUGGAAUACAGGAGUUUCCAGAAAAUAUAAAAAAUUGUAAAGUUUUGACAGUCGUGGAGGCCAGUGUAAACCCUAUUUCCAAGCUUCCUGAUGGAUUUUCUCAGCUGUUAAACCUAACCCAGUUAUAUCUAAAUGAUGCUUUCCUUGAGUUCUUGCCAGCUAAUUUUGGCAGAUUAACUAAACUCCAGAUAUUAGAACUUAGAGAAAACCAGUUGAAAAUGUUGCCAAAAACCAUGAAUAGACUGACCCAACUGGAAAGAUUGGAUUUGGGAAGUAAUGAAUUCACAGAAGUGCCUGAAGUACUUGAGCAACUAAGUGGAUUGAAAGAAUUUUGGAUGGAUGGUAAUAGACUGACUUUUAUUCCAGGGUUUAUUGGUAGUUUGAAACAGCUCACAUACUUGGAUGUUUCCAAAAAUAAUAUUGAAAUGAUUGAAGAAGGAAUUUCAGCUUGUGAAAACCUUCAAGACCUCCUGUUAUCAAGCAAUUCACUUCAACAACUGCCUGAGACUAUUGGUUCAUUGAAGAAUGUAACAACUCUUAAAAUAGAUGAAAAUCAAUUAAUGUACCUGCCAGACUCUAUAGGAGGGUUAGUAUCAAUAGAAGAACUGGACUGUAGCUUCAAUGAAGUUGAGGCUUUGCCUUCAUCUAUUGGGCAGCUUACUAAUAUAAGAACCUUUGCUGCAGAUCAUAAUUAUUUACAACAGUUACCCCCAGAGAUUGGAAGCUGGAAAAAUAUAACUGUGCUAUUUCUCCAUUCCAAUAAACUUGAGACACUUCCAGAGGAAAUGGGUGAUAUGCAAAAAUUAAAAGUCAUCAAUUUAAGUGACAAUAGAUUAAAGAAUUUGCCUUUUAGCUUUACAAAGCUACAACAAUUGACUGCUAUGUGGCUCUCAGAUAAUCAGUCCAAACCCCUGAUACCUCUUCAAAAAGAGACUGAUUCAGAGACCCAGAAAAUGGUGCUUACUAACUACAUGUUCCCUCAGCAGCCAAGGACUGAGGAUGUUAUGUUCAUAUCAGAUAAUGAAAGUUUUAAUCCUUCACUGUGGGAGGAACAGAGGAAACAGCGGGCUCAAGUAGCAUUUGAUUGUGAUGAAGACAAAGAUGAAAGGGAGGCACCUCCCAGGGAGGGAAAUUUAAAGAGAUAUCCAACACCAUACCCAGAUGAGCUUAAGAAUAUGGUCAAAACUGUUCAAACCAUUGUACAUAGAUUAAAAGAUGAAGAGACUUGUGAAGAUUCUGGAAAAGAUCUGAAACCACAUGAAGAUCAGCAAGUUGUAAAUAAUGAUGUAGGUGUGAAGACUUCAGAAAGUACCAUUCCAAUAAGAAUCAAAGCUGAUGAAAGAGAAAAGUAUAUGAUAGGAAACUCUUCACAGAAGACCAGUGAAUCUGAAGCUGAGAUGAGUCCUGGGAGUCUACCAGUGACUACAAAUAUGAAAGCCUCUGAGAACUUGAAGCAUAUUGUUAAUCACGACGAUGUUUUUGAGGAAUCUGAAGAACUUUCUUCUGAUGAAGAGAUGAAAAUGGCAGAGAUGCGACCACCAUUAAUUGAAAGCUCUAUUAACCAGCCGAAAGUGGUAGCUCUUAGUAAUAACAAAAAAGAUGAUACAAAGGAUACAGAUUCUUUAUCAGAUGAAGUUACACACAAUAGCAAUCAGAAUAACAGCAACUGUUCUUCUCCAUCUCGGAUGUCUGAUUCAGUUUCUCUUAAUACAGAUAGUAGUCAAGAUACCUCACUCUGCUCUCCAAUGAAACAAACUCAUAUUGGUAUUAAUUCCAAAAUCAGGCAAGAAGAUGAAAAUUUUAAUAGUCUUUUACCAAAUGGAGAUAUUUUAAAUCAUUCAAUGGAAGAAAAAUUCCAGGUUCAUGAUGAGAAAGAUUUUAACUUACCUGAAUAUGAUUUGAAUAUUGAAGAGCAGUUGGUUCUUAUUGAGAAAGGUGUUGACUCAACAGCCACAUCUGAUGAAUCUCACAAAUUAGACCAUAUCAAUAUGAAUCUUAAUAAACUUGUAACUAAUGAUACAUUUCAACCAGAGAUAGUGGAAAGAUCAAAGACACAGGAUAUAGUGCUUGGAAUGGACUUUUUAAGCAUUAAUGCUAAAGGAGAAGCUGAGCCCUUGGAAAAUGGAAAUAAGUAUCCUAAUCUAGAAUGUGUAGAUAAGGUAAAUGGACAUUCUGAGGAAACUCCACAGUCUCCUGGGAGGACUGAACCACAUGACACUGAUUCUUCUGUUGAUAUGGGUAUUUCCAAAAGCACAGAAGAUCUCUCUCCUCAGAGAAGUGGGCCAAUUGGAUCUGUUGUGAAAUCUCAUAGUAUAACUAAUAUGGAGACUGGAGGGUUAAAAAUCUAUGACAUUCUUAGUGAUAAUGGACCACAGCAGCCAAAUGCAACAAUUAAAGUAACAUCUACUGUUGAUGGAAAAAAUAUUGUCAGGAGCAAGUCUGCUACACUUUUGUAUGAUCAACCAUUGCAAGUAUUUACUGGUUCUUCUUCAUCUUCUGAUUUAAUAUCAGGUACAAAGGCAGUUUUCAAGUUUGAUUCAAAUCAUAAUCCUGAAGAGCCAAAUAUAAUAAGAGGCCCUACAGUAAGUGGCCCCCAAUCUACGCCUCAGAUAUAUGGUCCUCCACAAUAUAACAUCCAGUACAGUAGCAGUGCUGCCGUCAAGGACACUCUGUGGCAUGCCAAACAGAAUCCCCAAAUAGAUCAUGUCGGUUUUCCUCCUCAGCGGCUUCCUAGAUCCGAGAGCACAGAAAGUCACAGUUAUGCGAAACAUUCUGCCAAUAUGAAUUUCUCUAACCAUAACAAUGUUCGAGCUAAUACUGGAUACCAUUUACAUCAGAGACCUGGCCCAGGAAGACAUGGGGAAAUGUGGGCCAUCUCACCAAAUGACCGACUCAUUCCUGGAGCAACUCGAACUACGAUUCAGCGACAAAGUAGUGUGUCCUCUACAGCUUCGGUAAAUCUUGGUGAAUCAGGUCCCACAAGGCGGGCCCAGAUUCCUGAAGGAGAUUAUUUAUCCUACAGAGAGUUACAUUCAGUGGGAAGAACUCCAUUGAUGUCAGGAUCACAGAGACCUCUUUCUGCACGAACAUACAGCAUCGAUGGUCCAAAUGCAUCAAGGCCUCAGAGUGCCCGACCCUCCAUUAGUGAAAUACCAGAGAGAACUAUGUCUGUUAGUGAUUUUAAUUAUUCACGGACUAGUCCUUCAAAGAGACCAAAUGCAAGGGUUGGUUCUGAGCAUUCUUUAUUAGAUCCUCCAGGAAAAAGUAAAGUUCCUCAUGAUUGGCGAGAACAAGUACUACGACACAUUGAGGCCAAAAAGUUAGAAAAGAGCAUGCUGUCAAGGUCCUUUAAUUCCAAUUUUACUGCUGUAAGCAACUUUCACUAUGGCAGCUCUAGGGAUCUGCAUGGCAGCCAAGGCAGCCUUGCCUUGAGUGUUGCAGACGGAAGAGGUUCUGGUGGGCACAUUUUUCGACAUCCCCAGACAUCCUGUCCAGGAGAUCCUUGUCAAGAUGAUAUAUUCAUUUCAGGACAGCCGAACUACUCGUCAGCUACACUUAGUCACAAAGAUGUUCCUCCAGACAGCUUGAUGAAAGCUUCUGUGGCAAGGCAUCCCUCUAGAGAACAACUAAUUGAUUACUUGAUGCUGAAGGUGGCCCACCAGCCUCCAUAUACACAGCCCCAUUGUCCUCCUAGACAAGGCCAUGAACUGGCAAGGCAAGAGAUGCGAGUGAGAGUUGAAAAGGAUCCAGAACUUGGAUUUAGCAUAUCAGGAGGUGUUGGGGGCAGAGGAAAUCCAUUCAGACCUGAAGACGAUGGUAUAUUUGUAACAAGGGUACAGCCUGAAGGACCAGCAUCAAAAUUAUUACAACCAGGUGAUAAAAUUAUUCAGGCUAAUGGCUACAGUUUUAUCAAUAUUGAACAUGGACAAGCAGUGUCCUUGCUAAAAACUUUCCAGAACACAGUAGAACUCAUCAUUGUACGAGAGGUUUCCUCUUAAGAAUUGUGGACAAAAAAAGGGGGAAGGCAGCAAGAUUUAUUGGAAGAUAUUUGCAGGGGAAAUUAAUAUUUUGACUAUUUUUAUAUGUAAAGAUGAACUCAAAAAAUUAUGUUCAAGUUUGUACAUUAAUGAAAUAAUGGAACUUGUGGUUAGAGGGAAAGAACCACUGUACAGUAUAUAGGGGAGACUGUUGAAUUCAUACCAUAUAAAAGUUCUUGUUAGGUUUUUAAACAUAGCAAUCAAGGCUGCAAAAACAAACAUACGUUGUUUUUGUAUAGAUUGUAGGUUUAUUUUUGGAUUUCAUACACAUGACUGAACUCUGUGCAAGGCUCUAGUUAGCCUUGAUUGUAGCCCAGAGACAGAUGGCAGAGCUUUCUGUCUCAUAGCUUUUGUGCCCUUAUUUUUAUUCAACUCGUAUUAAUGUUUUUCUGCUGAAACUACUUUUUUUUAAUGUGGGCAAGAGAUUUGAAGUGUUGGUUUUUGCUAUGUGCAUAUUGAAUUGAAGAGUGAGUAGGUGAAGGUGGUGCUGGUGGGUUCACUUUCCAAGGCCAGAUUAAAACAGUUAAUUCCUAUAAAAAUCUGGAAGCAAAGAUUGAAAAAACAGCUGUUAAAUGUUUUUAUUAAUAAAAUAAUGCAAUAAAAAUGUAAUGUCUUUUUAAAGAAAUAAAGACGAUAAUUGCAUUUUAUGAGCUCUACAGGAUCUGUUCUUGUCAUAGCCAUUGACAGUACAUUUGCUACUGGUGAUUCAAUUUUUAAUUUUUUAGUCACAGGAAAUUUUUAACUCUUCUGUAGAUGCAUGUCCAUGCAUUUUUUUGUGAUAUGGAAAUCUCUUGAUUUUUUGCAAAUGGUGGUCCUUGCAAUCUGUUUUAUAAUUAGUAUUCCAUUUUAAUCUUAAUUUAUAAUUUUUAUUUUAAGCAGCAAAUGAAACUAAAAUGGCCAGUUUUAAAAGAUUGUGUUGCUGUAACACAAAGUGUAAGCAGAUUUAGGAAAGCCUCUUGAUUUUGUUUGGUCUCACAUUGCCUUGGUAAAGUAAAAGGAAAUAUAGUACGCAUGGAGCUAGGAAACCAAAGCAAGUUUGUGAAAUUGGCACAGUGAUAGAGAAUUGCUGUGGAGAGUUGUAGAGCAAAGGGAUGGGUCCUUGAGGCCUACCAGUGUGUCAAGGUAUUCAAAUAAAGGGCUGUUCCUACAGGUAACAUUAAAUGUGAACUCGACACUUCAGAGUCUUUAAAGGGUUUCUAAGCGUAUCAGUGUAAUAGAAUAGUGUUUUACCACCAGCUGCCUUUGUUCCUCGUUAGUGUAACAAAUAUUUCAUAGAUGUUUAUUAAUUUGUUCAUCCAAACCAUUAAUUUUGUUUCUAUUCUGUCGUUGUAAUUCAAUAAAAUUUGAGUAACAUGCAAUGGUAAGAAUUAAUGCAUGGUUAUUUGGACCAGAAAAAAGUGCCACAGAAGACCAAUAACUGUUUUUAGUUGAGGCUAGUCUGGAGCCUUUCAUUAGAGCAAUAUUCAGUUAUUGCAAUUCAUUUUUAAUUACUAAGAAAUAUAAUUUUGGAAUUUUUAAUCUGUUAUGCUUUGUUCUUCAACCUUGUUUUAAUUAAGACUUUUAUAGGACUAGCAAAAACAGCAAUUUACAUUAUUUUUGCAAAAGGAGUUGAACUUGUUCCUUUCUUGCUAGUCAGAGUAAAUAGGCAGUAAUUUUCAAAAGAUGUGAACUCAAAUAUUGCACUUCUUUCAAGAUGUUAUCAUUUGGUUAUUGUACUGUAUAGUUUUAAUAAUAUUGAUUGAAACCCUUUAACAACUCUUUGUAAAUUUUAACUCAUUUUAGUUGUUUUUCAGUACUAUUUACAUAGGAAUUGAUUUUUAUGGAUAUAGUAGAAGAAAUGUGAUGUAUUUUGAUAAAAUUCAUUUACUGUAUGUGUGUUGUAAUCUCUAAAAAAAAAACAAUGACAAACAGCUUAAGACAAGCCUCGGUGUUCCCUUUAUUCAUAGUUUAUUUUAAAAUACUAAUUUUGGCACAUCCUUUUUUUAUUUCAGUCAAUUUUUCAGUCACAUUCUACUUUUAAUAAGGAAUACAUAAAAUAGAUAUAAUUGUGA